AUGGUUAUUUUCGGGUGCCUGGAUGACUUGUUUGCCAAGACUGGCAUCAAACCGAAAGACGUUGGCAUCCUGGUGGUGAACUGCAGCGUCUUCUGCCCGACUCCGUCGCUGUCCGCCAUGGUUGUGAACAAGUACGGCAUGCGCAACGACAUCCAGUCGUACAACCUCGGCGGUAUGGGCUGCAGUGCUGGCCUUAUCGCCAUCAAACUUGCUCGGGAACUGCUUCAGGUGAUUCCCAACACAUACGCGAUCGUUGUGUCAACGGAGAACAUCUCUCUGAACUUGUACCUCGGAAACCGUCGCUCUAUGCAAGUGUCCAACUGCCUGUUCCGAGUUGGUGGAGCAGCCAUGCUCCUCACCAACAAGAGCAGCGAGCGUUACCGCGCCAAAUACGAGCUGAAACAUGUGGUGCGUACCCAUUUGGGCAAAGACGACAAGAGCUACGGCUGUGUGUUCCAGGAGGAGGACGACAACAAGAUAGUCGGAGUCGCCCUUUCACGCGACCUCAUGAACGUGGCUGGCGAGGCUCUGCGCACCAACAUCACGACGCUGGGUCCGCUUGUUUUGCCGCUUUCGGAGCAGCUGCUUUUCGCCGCAGUUCUCAUCGCGCGUAAGGUCUUUGGCAUGAAGAUGAAGCCCUAUGUGCCGGACUUCAAGCUGGCAUUUGAGCAUUUCUGCAUCCACGCUGGUGGUCGCGCUGUCAUUGACGAGAUCGAGAAGAACCUGGAGUUGACACAGUACCACGUCGAGCCAUCGCGUAUGGCUCUGUACCGGUUCGGCAACACAUCCUCAUCGUCCAUCUGGUACGAGCUCUCCUACUCGGAAGCACAGGGUCGUGUCCGCCGUGGUGACCGCGUCUGGCAGAUCGCGUUUGGGUCCGGAUUCAAGUGCCAGAGUGCGGUGUGGCAGGCUCUUAGGCCGAUUGAUCCCAGAAAGAACAGAGGCGUGUGGGCAGAGUAUUACGAAAGUGCUCGUGGGGAGGAGAUGCAUGCGGCUGCUGUAGCUGAUACGUUGGCCCCAAUUAGGCCCCUUAAACCGUAA